AUGGAGACGGAAUGGCACACUUUAGGCAAAGUUCAGUACCAGAAAUGGACGGUAUACGGUAUGAAUUGGGCCUCAGAAGGAGUGAAAGAUCUUCGUGAUUAUGUAUCAGCUUGUGCGCCAUUUGGUGGCCCUGUGGCGCUUCUCCGUGAUCCUAAAAAACUGAUAAAAGUCGCAUCCGAUAGUGUUUUAACCCGUCAAUUGCUACUUUUUAACGCCUGUGGGCACUUAUUAGGGACAACGGAGUGGAAAGCCUUUGAAGAUAAAAAAGAGACACUUGUGGGGAUGACUUGGACGGAUGAAUUACGUCUUCUCUGUGUGUUUACGAGUGGCAAUUGUGUCGCUUUUAACAUGAAGGGAGACGAAGAGACGCGGUUUGCACUCUUACCACCAGGUUCAACGGACAAAGUGGCUACAUUUGAAGCUUGGGGUGGAGGAUUUGUAGCUCUUACCGAGAAAAUGGCACUUAUUCAAGUAUUAGAGGUUGACUCUGUCCGACCUAAAGUGUCGUUAUUACCAGAUUGUGGACUCUCAGAGACAAAUCCACCAACGUGCAUGGCAGUACUGGAACCCAAGUUUUUGAAGAGUAUUUAUCCUGAUGUUCUAUUGGGUACAAGCAAUCGAUCCUUGGUCAUUGUUAAUAAAGACGGCGGAGCUCAAGAUAUGAAGUUGCAAGAUUCAAUUGCUGCUCCUAUUUCAGCUGUAGCUAUUGCUCCGAAUGGUCUAUUUAUGGCUUUGUUCUCGCAAGAUGGGAUCCUGACAGUACUAAAUACGAUGAUGGACAAGAAGAUUCUUACUUUUGAUACACAGAGCAAGGCCAGUCCAUUAAGUAUGCGCUGGUGUGGAGAAGAUUCAGUGUUAUUGUACUGGCCAAGUGCUGGAUUAGUCAUGGUAGGACCUUAUGGAUCAUGGCUACGUUUUCCGUACUCGGAGAGCAUUGUCUUGGCACAAGAAGUCGACUGCUGUCGAGUUUACACUGCAUCCUCACAUGAUAUCGUACUUCGUGUACCGACGUGUGUCGAGAAUAUCAAGGGGGUGGGGUCUACUGCUCCGGCAGCAAUGUUGUAUCAGGCUCUAGACGCCUUUGACUCGGGUGAUGCCAAAGCAGAUGAACAUAUUCGAUUUAUUCUGAGUCAAAAUGCAUUGGAAGACGCUAUCAAGGAUUGUGUGAACGCUGCUGGCAGCGAGUUUGAGUACGCGUCGCAGACAACAUUGCUGCGCGCUGCAUCAUACGGCAAGUGCUUUGUAGACUCGGCCAUGGAUGCUUCCUCGGCACUUCCGGGAGGUACUGGAACUGCAGGUGGCAACACGAUGAUGGACACCGAGAUGUUUGUCGACAUGUGCCGCAAGAUCCGCGCGCUGAAUGCGCUGCGCCAGCAGGACAUUGGCUUCCCAUUGACUGUGACGCAAUUUGAUCGGCUGACGGCGGAGGUUGUGGUAAGUCGUCUUGUGGCGAUGCAUCACCAUUUCUUAGCCCUCAAGAUCUGCGAAUAUUUGAAUAUCCCGACGGAUCGAGUGCUAGUGCAUUGGGCAUGUGAAAAGGUAAAGGCGGCCACAUCAUCCAACGUACCGGAUGAAGAGCUGGUGGGACUUGUGCGCAAGAAACUUAAGAACGCGACCCUGGUGUCGUACGCAGACAUUGCUAACUGUGCGGAGCGCGCAAACCGUCGGCGGCUAGCUACAAUGUUCUUGGAUCUGGAAGAAAAUGCGUCCGACCAGGUGCCAUUAUUGUUGUCCAUGGGCGAAUUCGAGCUGGCACUCCGCAAGUCUCUUGAGUCCAACAACACGGAUCUCGUGUAUAUGACACUAUUCCACCUGGAGCGCACUCUGCCAUCUAUGGACGAGUUCCGCUACGUACUAAACCGCGAACCGGUGUAUGCCGAAGCCGUAAACCUGAUGCUUCUUUACUAUCGUGCUACAAAGAGCUCGGGUAGCCCUGCGCUUUGGACGGAUGUGGCUAGCGCCGAGAAUGAUCUAUUGCUUUCGUUCAAGACUUCGGAUGUGGAUGAGAAGGUUACGGCACUGAAAGACGCAGCAACUAAGUACACAAACGCAAAGCUGCCGGCUCAUGCCAAGCUAACCGAAGAGCAGAUUGAGUUGCUACAAGAGCAAGGCAAGUUGGAAGAGAAGCCCGAGAACGUCAAGCGUCGCAAGCUCGUGGGUCAAUCAAUUUCAAACACGAUGAAGAUGCUGAUACGCGACAGCAAGUACGAACCUAAGCUGCUGCCAUUGGUUGCGGCAUUCGCCAAGAAGUUUAAAAUACCAGACAAACGAUUUUACCGGGUGAAGAUCAAAGCUCUUGCUGAGACGCAGCAGUGGGAUGCGCUGCACAAGUUCUCGAUGGAGAAAAAGAACCCGCCGUGCGGAUUCAAGGCGUUCGCCAUAGCGUGCCUCGAGGAAGGCGAGAAACAGCAGGCUGAAAACUAUACUGCCCGUAUCACGUCCGUGGACGAAAAGUUUGAGACACUUAUCCAUCUUGACCUGUACAGCGAUGCGCUUCAACUCGCCAUUAAGCUCAAGGAUCCAGAAAAGCUUACGAAUGUGCGCAACCUCUGUAACGACGACAACAUUUGCAACCUAGCUGACAAGGCGGCCAUGGAAUUGGGCUUUGUGUCUUGA